UCAGGGAAAGACGAUCAGGACGCCGGAUGAUUCGAAUACUUUCCACCGUCAUGUUAGGGGUUCUGCUCUCCCCACUUUAGAGCUGCAGCUGCGAGCGUGAGGGUGGGAAGCAGAGUUACGGAAAACAAAGAUUGGAGCAGAGAGGAGAUGGAUAUGUUCAGGCUAAUCUGACAGCUGUUGAGGACGAUCACUUAGCGGGAUUAAAUUGACACAUUAAUAAUUCGUAAUUAUGUCUGACAAGCAGACAAGCCAAAGGAAACCGUCCACCAACAAGAACAUCAAGAAGCUGCGCACUAUUAGCUUGGUGUGCAGCCUGACGGGCAGCUGGCAGCAGUGGGUGACGGAGAACGAGAGUAAGCAGGCCAGCGAGCCCAGCGGCUGGGCUCCAGCUUCUCUGGGAGAACCAACGAAGGAACCCAGAAAGACAUGGGUCCCGAAGACGAAGCCUCCUCCCGCUCAGAUCCAGCCAACGGAAGCUUCUCAAAAUCAUGUAGUCAGUUCUGGAGAGGCUCCAAAGACUCCUCACAAGGAGGCCAAAGAUGCACCCGAGACUGAGGAGGUCAAGACCUCAGCUGAGCCAUCGUCUCGUAUCAAGGUGAAGCAAGUGGUGAAGACGGUGACGAGCGGGGUUCAGGAGAAAAGCGCCGGCGUCGGGCUCCUGGCCGAGAAGAUCAAGAAGGAGUCUCUGCCGUCAGAAGAGGAGAUCGACAGGCGUCUGAAGAAGAAAAGCUCGCCCACACUCCGCAGAAAGUGCUCCAACAUGGUGUCGUCUCUGACCAAAAGCUGGAAGCAGGAGGAGAAGGAGCAGAAGCAUGGAAAAGAGGGAAGAGGAUCAGGGGAAGGACGCACCUGUGGUGGCGAUGAGGACGACAGAGGACAUCUUGAGGCAGAGAGACUGGACAUAGGUGAUGCGCCAACAAACAGGACAAGCUUUUUGACAGAAGCAGAGCAAAACGACUCUGAAGGAGACUCUGAGUCAGCACUGAGGAUUAAAAGACCUCCAGUCCCAACGUACAGCAAAGAAGCUGAGGACGUCAAAAAGAUCAACACCCUCUCCAAGAAAUACAGCGCUGUGGGAAACCUGAAGAGCCGCUGGCAGGGCUGGGCCGCGGAGCACACCGUUACCCAGAAACUGAACCCCUUCAGUGAAUAUUUCGACCACGAUUACUCCAUGUCCCUCCGCCUCCAGAAGGGCGAAGAGGGUUACGGACGCCCCAAGGAAGGCACCAAGACCGCAGAGAGAGCCAAACGCGCCGAGCAACACAUCCACCGCGAGAUAGCCGACAUGUGUUUCGUGAUCAGGACUAUGGCCGACCCGGAGCUGGACGGAAAGACCCGCGUCACGUUCGGACAGCUGUUUGACAGAUACGUUCGGAUCUCCGACAAGGUGGUGGGGAUUCUGAUGAGAGCCAGGAAACAUGGGAAGGUGGCGUUCGAAGGGGAGAUGCUGUGGCAAGGCCAGGAUGACGGAGUGAUCAUUACUCUGCUGGUGUGAUGUUAACACCCGGGUCAAAGUUGUACUGGAAAUCCUCUUACAGCUACUCAGUGAUUAUCAAGCAGGCCUAAGAGGGGGAUUUAAAACACAAUUUGACCUGGGUCUACUCAGUGGACACUUGCAGUACAAUAUCAAAGGAAUACAGAGACUGCAAAGCUUGGCGGAUGAGUCGGAUUAUCCAAAGAAUAUUUUGUAUUUUGUAGAUACUUGAAGACUCUUUUUUUCUGUGUUGUGGAUAUUUGAGUCGUAGCUGUCCUGGACAUGUUUUGAGAAAUCAGCAAUCUCUGAAGUUCUAGCUUCUGGCUCCUUUCAAAGUUGAUUCUCAUACUUGUCUCUUUUGCACUUUCUUUAUGGCUUAUGUUAAUGAGCUACUCAUAGCCGACGUGUUAAUGUACCAAAUAACCAGCAGCUUUGCAGUAUAGCGCAGCACAGUAAUUCAAGCACGGAUUGGGUUUCAUUGCCUGAAUACCUGCAGCUCAGCAGUCAUUAUACUGCUGCCGGGCACAAUGCAGAGGAACAGAGCAGAGCACAGCACUUUUACAUCUCGUGGACUGUAAUGAUUAAUGUAAAGGGUGACUAUGACUGUCUGGGGAGAAAAAGAAAAACUUUCCUUUUCACAUGCAGUUAUUGAGUGUUCGUAGAAUCUAUCAGGGGUUUGUUGAGUCAUACAGAAACAAUAGUAGCAGAUAUUUUUAGUGUUUGACAAAUAAGGCAAUAUUUGUUUUCUUUUUUGAAACCAUUUCAGCAGAGAGCAUGUCAUAUUGAGCCACUCUCAUUAAAGUGCAGUAAAGCUCACAUACUGUAUAUAAUAGUAUAAAUCUAUUAUCAACACCAAAGUUAGUAACCUGCAAUAACAGAUUUUGUUGCCACUUGGGGGCAGCUAAAACAAGUUGUGAGCACAACAUUGACAUAUCAUCAACCUUUGAAAUUGAUAUGGUGAACUUGUUUGAAAACAUUUUACACAUUUGGCAGAUAACAGCAACGUUAAUAUUCAUUUGGAGUCCAGUUUGUGGCCAUCUGUUUAAUGUAAGUCCAAUAUUUACUCUCUUUUAGCUCCAUUUUUGGUCUCCACCAAAUCCUGAACAAAAUAUUUUGCUCUUUAGCUGCUAAAUGCUCCGCUAUGUUUACCAGCUAGUCUCUAAAGCUGGGUUUACACCAAAAGUUCCUGGGACUUUUAGUCAGUAGAACUACUUUUCAAGGAACUACAAGGUUCUUUCAGCCCACUGUUGUCUGCGUUUCCACCGCGGUCUAAAGACUUGCGUAGAUCGGUGAAAUUAGUGUGCUGACGUACAUGAAAAAGCAACAUGACAUGGGACGAGGGCUGCUGGUGGUCAUAGCGGUCAACACACUCUGCAGCCUGCAGUUUAGUGUGCCCGUCUGUUUCAUCUAAAAAAAAAACACGUUGGAAAAAAACAAAAAAAGGUUUUGUCUCACUGUGACGAUUUUUACUGCUGCAUUUAUUUACUGAUGCACGUUGGAUGUAACGAAUGAAAUGCAGAGGAGGAAAAUUAAACUUAGAGCGACUGUCUCCACAGUAAA